UCAAGAAAGCUACAAGGCCAGGGAGAGAUAAGAUGCUUUUUAUAAAGUAAACUCACCUUGACAGAAAGCAACACUUUCGCAAACAUUUUUUCAUCAAGCAUGAGCGUUUUCACCUUCUCUGGGGUUUUGCUUAUACUCUACUUUUCCGGUGUUCUGUCAUCGAGAAUUCCGAGAGAUAUAGAUAUAUAUUCUGAAGAAGAUGGAAGUGAUGAAAUUUUGGUUGUGGCUUCUACUAUUCUUCCAGUUGAAAUAGAUGAUGUAGCAACCAGUCAAGUGGAGAGUGCUACUUCAGCUGAGGCAAAUGAAAACCCAACGAUUCAAACGGAGGAUCCCAAUCCUCCCGAAACAAAUGGCGUCACACUCCAGCCCGAAGAACCACAAGAGCCAUCUCAGCCAGAGAAACCUGAGACGACACUGCAGCCAAUAGAACCUGAUAGACCUAUUCCACCUGCAUUUAUCCCUUUUGAUCCUAGAAUUCGGGGUUUAAAUAUUGGUUUGAGUUCAGUUUUACUUGAUCUCAACAGAAGACUGAUAUUCACCAGACGAGUACCAUUAGAACUGGUAAUAAAGGUUUUAGUUCUGAGCUCUAAAAUCGAAAGACUUGGAGGCGAAGUGAACGAAGUGAAUAGGGAUAUGAUGAGGAUUAUUCCACCUCUACUGCCCGAGGCUUUUAAGGCAGCAGCCUGCACUUCUUUUUUGAAACGAGUGCCGUCUGUAUCUCCUAUUUCGGAACAUCUCUCAUUUUGGAAUUAUGGAUUCUAGAAUCACUUAUGAUCUGUCCAUAACGUAAUAAAGAAUGAAGUGCAUUUAA